AUGAAAAAAGAAAAUAUAAAUAAAAUUAUUAACCAUCUUUAUAAAUACGGUACAUAUAAAAUUGAUAGUAAUUUAUCAGUAAAAAAAUUUUAUAAUAAGUAUAUAGAUACAUUUAAAUUGCCGUCUUCUACUGAUGGAGAAUCUUCUAUUGGCAAAAUACUGGAAAUUCAACCUGUAUCUUCGUUUUAUAAAACAAUAUCUACCGAUAGGCGAAGCACAUCAUCAAAUGCUAAAAAAAUAUUACUACAACCACAUGAUAAAAGAUUCAAAGCGUUAAUAAAGGAUAUGCAACUGAGUCUAAUUAAACAGCUACAUAUUAUACAAGAAAUUAUUGAUAAGCAUAACAUAUUCUGUACAGAUGACACGAUAGAUAUUAUGUGUUCAGACAUAUCUGAAAAUGAUAUUAAUGAAAUAUUAGAGCUGAUUAAACAGACAGAAGUGAAAAGCGCAGUUGAUGAAAACAAAAUAAAAGAAAAGUCUGAAGACAUUGAACUCAAAUUUGAAUCACAAAAGUCAUUAACUGACGAUGUACAUCGAAAUUUAUAUCCACGCACUAAAAGAAAAUGUUCUGUAUUGUCUAAUGACGUUGAUAAUAAGCGUAACGAUAGCUCAAAACAAAAAGAAAAUAUUGGUAGUAUGGACGCUAAAGAUACCAAUGAAUGUAGUACAUCUACUGCUACUUCGCAAUUUUGUGAAGAGGAGAGAAAUAACACAUCGGGUAUUAAUAAUUCUUUUUCCGAUAAAAAUAUUCUAGAAAUGAUAUUGCAGCUUCCUGCUCCAGAAUCAAAAAAAUUAACUAAAGACUCUUCUGAUGAUCAAAUAGAUAAAAAACUAGCAUUAGCACCAGCUUUGCACAAGAAACAAAUAACUCAUAAUAAUAAUUCUGCCAUAACAAAUGAUGAUGUAAGUAAGUUAGAAGAUUUUUCUUGUAUACAUAAAAUAGAAUGUUUAAUAGAAAACAAAACCGAUUUAAAUGUAAUGUAUAAAGAAAAAACAUUUAUUGACAACAACGAAACUAUAACUUCAAAAGAUAAAGUAUUUAGAAUAAGCGGGAGAAAAGAUUUGCACUUAAGGCCAUUUGAAAAAAAAAUAAAGACCAACCAAAUAACUACUAUAUCAAGAAAUAACAGUAAACAAAAACAAGAUAAUUACAACCUUUGUAAGAAAAUGGUGACUGAAACAUUACCAAUUGCGGAGAAGUUACAAGUGCCUAUUUAUUUGUGUAAUAUGGAAGCCAAAAGUACACCUCCGGCUAGUGUACCUUCCUUUAAUGUUAAAAGGCUAAAAGAAAUGAGUAAAGACAAAUAUAAAGAAAAACUAAACGUUAAAGUUCCAUCAGCUAAAAAUUAUGCAGAUUUAUUAAAAAGAUCUAGAACACAAAAGUAA